AUGUUCCUAGCUCAAAUCAGUGCUGAGGUGGAAAAAUUAAUUCAUUGGAGACUAAUCGAAGGAGGAAUGAAAACCAAAGAUUUCCAUCAGUUCCUAACCGACUUCAAUCCUCCUAACAAUGGUAAGAAAAAUGUUUUGAUAAUGGAUAAUCUACGAGUUCAUAAAGCUACUGACUCUUGUAAAAGGUUAAAAUUAUCAACCAUUGCGGAGUUAUUAGCCAGUAAAGGUAUUGAAGUCAUUUUCUUACCUUCCUAUACUCCUGAAUUGAAUCCAAUCGAGAAAAAGAAUGGAAUUCUUAAAAAAGAUGUAAGAAGGGAGGAACCAAGAACUAAGGAAAGAUUACUUUCGGUUAUUGAAGAUAGGGUCAAGUUCUUUCAAAAAGAAGAUUUAACUACCUAUUUAGAUGAUUCAGUAAAAGAAUGCUUAAUGAAACUUAAUGCUACUUCUUCAACUGAGAAUGACAAGUAUUUUUGGAAUACAAAGAGGUGGAAUA